AUGAACAACAACUAUGAAUCUACCCCUAUCUGCCCGGGACACAAUCUCCCCGCUAGGCUAUGGUGGACCAAGAAGCAACCACCUCGCCAAUUUUAUCGAUGCUCUAAACCAAUAGGCGAACAAUGUAACUUUUUUGAAUGGGUCUCUCCUGAAGAGAAUACACUCUCGCAGCCAAACAUGUUACCUCCUACUCCCAAUUCUUCUAUGCCCUUUAGUCAAACCCUCCCUGAAUCUCCUUCCACUCCAACCCCUGCCUCAAGGAAUGUCUCCGCCAUGAACCAGGACAGUCCUCGGGACAAUAUUUUCCAUUCGGAUGUUGAUUUAGGUUCAAGUAUAAGUAGGAUCCCAACGACACCUGCAAAGCCAGCUUCUUCAAUUCAUUCAAUAUAUGGGAGUUUAAAACCUAUGGGCUUAGCGGGGAGUCAAGUUAGCCAAUUUAAUGAUACGGAUGCAUCUGUUCCAAACCAUGGAAAUAAUUCACGAAGCGAUGACGUCCCAGAUCUAUCUUUUGAAGUGGUUUCUGACAUGAUUCGACAGCUCAGAGCACUCCCCACCUACCUCAAGAAGCUGGAAAAGCAGAAGUCGGAUGCAGAUAGCAGCGGUAGAGCAUAUAAUACAGCAAUUAUAAGUCUCCAGGAGCAAGUGGACAAGCUUGAGGCUGAAGUAACAAGGCGCCUAUUGAAGCAAAGUCUCGUUCCUUGGCCACUGAUGAAGAAAUGCCCUAUUCACGAUCUUGCAUUACAAACUCGGCAUAUGGCGAAGCCACCUUUUCGACGAUUCCAUCAGUGUCCUGAAUCCGAGAACAAUUCUUGUAAUUACACGGAUUGGAUAGACCCUGAACCUACGGGUUCGCAACCUCAAGCUGCUUCGUCAUCACAAAGUACUCCAUUUGAGCCUUUAUCACAAGAGGCAAAUGCGCCCUCAACGCCUAUCGGAUCUCAGACCAAGUCAUGGGAUCAAUGGUAUCAAAACGUUGACGCACCAUCGACCCCAACGCCAAAGAGAACCUUUUCUACCAUAUCAAGCCGCGAGGAGAAGCUUGCAAGCAGCCAAAAGCGUUUAAAGAUCAUUCAAGAAACUCUAGCUAGUCCAUCUCCAAAUGAGUCUGUAAUGACAACCACUAGCUCACAAAACAGCAAAUUCGGACCUCCCAUUGCGGUUGCCAAUAUAAAAUACGACAAUCCUGCCCCAGGCGGGGCCGCCUGUGGUCUGUCGUCUGACCCAGUAGCCUCUGAUAGCAACGAAGACCCCUUCCAAGAUACUUCUACAGUUCCGGGAAGAGAUGCGGUAGCACGAAGUAGCAAUGGUCUUUCAACCACCCAGAUGACGCCAGAGAUCGGUCAAGAGGAAUCCUCGGAUGUAGCCAUGAAUGCAGUUUCUGGUAUGAUACGACGCCUGGAAACCCUUCCAGAGCAUAUCAGAAAUUUUGAGGCAAGGAAAACAGCCGCAGAAAAAAGCCGGGAUGCGAAAAAUACGAAGUUGGUCCACCUUCAGCAGCGGAUUAAAUAUCUUGAAGAUGAAGUUAGAAGGCUGACAGAACGCGAGAAGCAACUGGAAGAAGUCAUCGAAGCCUACGAGCAACAAUCAUGA